AUGGCACCUCACGAGACGGGCACGACCAUGGCCGCCACGGAUAUGGACAUGGACAUGGACAUGUCGGGAACCUCUUCAUCGUCGUCGAGCAUGAUGACCAUGAUGGCCGUCUUUUCCAACUCCAUGGACACGCCGCUGUACUCGACGGGCUGGACGCCGGGCAGCACGGGCGAGUACGCGGCGACGUGCAUCUUCCUCAUCGUCCUGGGCGGCAUCCUGCGCGGGCUGCUGGCCGCCAAGUCGCUGCAGGAGGCGCGCUGGCUGGACCGCGAGCUCGACCGCCGCUACGUGGCCGUCAAGGGCAAGCUCCCCGCCGCCGAGCAGAUAUCCCGCGACAGCCUGGCCAAGCGCAUGACCAUGACGCUGUCCGAGAACGGCGCCGAGGAGGAUGUCAUGGUGGUCCGGCGCCAGGGUGUCCCGACUCGUCCUUGGAGGUUAUCUGUUGAUCCCGUACGCGCCGUGAUCGAUACUGUUAUUGCUGGAGUUGGUUAUCUUCUCAUGUUGGCUGUUAUGACCAUGAAUGUCGGCUACUUCCUCUCUGUUCUUGGCGGUGUUUUCGUGGGCAGUUUGCUCGUCGGCCGCUACACAAUUGCAGCAGAGCACUAG